GUGGUAAAGGUCGAGUCAAACCCCACAGACGCUCAGGACACUGUGUGUGACAGUAAUCACACCUUGAAUCAGGAUGAAUCUACUGAUCAAACCUCCACAGAGUCUCUGGAUUCUGUCUGUAACGCUGGAGAACAGCAGAUCCUGAACACCAGACCACUCAACAUGUGUUCUGUCACACUGAUGGACUGCAGGAAACUGAUGGAGAUGAAGACUGAACUCACAGUAAAGGAAGAACAGACUGAUGAAGAUCAAGCUUUGUUUUCUUCACCUAAAAUGAUGAACAGCGGGAACAUGGGGGAGAUAAAAACUGAACCCAAGCCUGAAGAGGAAGAACAGACUGAUGCAGAUUUUGUUCCUUCAGAUGAGAGCGGUGAUUCAUGUGGUGAUGGAGAAACGGCCUCUACAUCAAAACAGCGACUGACAGCACAAACUCUUUCCUGCAUCACCUGUGGAAAGACAUUCAGUUCACAGAGACGUUUAGAGACACAUGAGAGAAAACACACAGAACAGAAACUCUUCACCUGCAGGAGAUGUGACAUCAGCUUUCCUACCUUACAAGAGAAGAAACUUCAUUCACAAGAGCACAGAGACAAGAAACACUUUGACUGUCAGCAGUGUGGGAAGAAUUGUGUCUCCUCUUUUAGUCUGAUACGUCACAUGAGGAUUCACACUGGAGAAAAACCUUUCCACUGCAGUGAAUGUGACAAAUAUUUCAGCACCAAAGGAACUCUUGUUGCUCAUCAGAGAAUUCAUACAGGGGAAAAACCACACAAAUGUCCUCAGUGUGAGAUUAGAUUCGGCCGUAGAAUUAAUCUGAAGAGACACAUGUGUGUCCACACCAAUGAGAGACCAUAUCAGUGCAGUGAAUGUGGAAAAACCUUCAAGCAGUUAAAUUAUCUACAGGACCACAGAAGAACUCACUCUCUGGAGAAACUCUAUCAGUGUUCACACUGUGAUAAACACUUCUGUCAGAAAGCUCAUCUGAUCACUCAUGAGAGAAUUCACACUGGAGAGAAACCUUACCACUGCAGUGUUUGUGAGAAGAGAUUCACUCAAUAUACUACCCUACAAAUGCAUAAUAGAACUCACACAGGUGAAAGACCCUUCAAAUGUUCUCAGUGUGACAAGACGUUUGCUCAAUCAGGUGUCUUGAGAACCCAUGAGAGAGUUCACACUGGAGAGAAACCUUAUCAAUGCUCCAUCUGUGGAGAGAGAUUCACUUAUUUAGGAAUUUUUAAUUCUCAUCAGAAGAAACAUGCUGAAGAACAAACUGCACUGGAAUCAUCAUAACGUCUCAAUCUGUUAAAAGUCUGAGUGCUCGCUGCCAAUGCUGGGGACAAUAUCACUUUAAAAUGGACAGUUGAAACUGAAAUCAACAUUCUGUCAUCAGUUAUUCUCCUCAUGUGUUCGUAAAACCUGUAUGUGAACAAAACAGAAGAUAUUUGGAGAAAUGUCUCAGUCGUUUUGUGUUUAUUAGGUGGAAGUCAAUGGAGUUCAGUGUUGUAUGUAGGGGUGUAGUGACGCAUCAAUGCCACGGUUCGGUUCACACGACUGUUUUGGUUUCGGUUCGAUGUGUGUGCAGGGUUCAUGGCACAAGCAAUGCUACAUAAAGCCAAAAUCGUUUUAUCUAAAUAAUAACAACAACAACUUAACUUGUUUACUUGAACUUUAUUGACUAAGUUUUAUAUAUUUUUUAGAGCAGUAAGCCUCAGUAAAAAAAAUGAAGUAAAUAACUCUUAAUGUAAACCUAAACUUGACAGAGCUGGGCUCUACACUAACUCUUGAGAGAGGUGGCACUGCUGCUAUUCAUGGCACCAGCCUUUCAUUUAAGAGCAUCAGAUUUGUGGGGUGAGGUAAGAAAAAGGAAUCAAUAAAACUUUAUUGAAAUGUAUUUAAUACAUUAAUAAAUCAAUUGGUUAUUAAUACCAAUUAUUGUUUAUGAUUGAAUUAUUUUAUUGUAUAUGUAAACUCUCUUUCACACUUUUCCAUAUUUAAAGCACAUAUUUCUUAAAGCUACUUUCUUCCUUUUUUUGUUGUGAACAGCUCCUAUGAGAGAACACAAUUCCUUUAGUGAGUGUUUUCAAGUGCCAUGUGCUUUGAUGAACAUUAUAAACAGAUAUCUUUAUUAUGCUGCUUACCCUUUUAGAGCUCGCGCAAUAAACUUGAAGUGAAAUGCUUUUAACUUCGCAAGGAAACGUAUCGCGCAGCU